CAACGUGACGUCAAUUACAACUAUAAGUUAGGUGUACAUGUUGGAUACACACGGAAAUACGCUGAGGGUGUCCUUCGCGACCUGUUGUUACUUGUCAGUCCCUUUGAAGCCGUCGGCGUUAAAUUCGACUCAGUUUUUGACAGAAACAGUUCUGUGGUCUGCCCAAGCACAAUGAAAGUGCGUAGGUUUACAGCACUCGUUUGUAUCGUUUUACUCGUGUUGGUUGCGGUGGAUGCCAGAGGCCGCGGCGGAGGUGGCCGUUCCGGCGGUUCCAGAUCAAGGUCUAGAAGCAACAGCGGUUCUUCUGGCAAACCUAAAAUCACCAAGAACACGCCGAUCAAAGCUACGACCGUCCGCUCGCCGGUUAUCAUCAGCCAAACUAGAGUGGGUUCGCGCUCGAGUACGUUCACAAAAGUUUUGGUCGGCUAUUUGGUGUUACGCUAUACUCUAAACAAUGCUCCGGUGUACAGACAAGGAUAUCCCAUGUACCGUUCUUACGCUGCGGUCCCAGAAGACAGAGCCGUGAGGAUAACAUCCGAGGAGCAAAGAUUACUGGACGAUCAAGGAAACCUUUGUCUUGGGCAAUCGUCGACGAAACAGACGCUGUUAGAAGGGAUCGACGAUAAUUUGAUUGAUCUGAAAACAAAGGUGAAGUACAAAACCACUGGAAAAACGGAGGAAUAUCACGGAGUCGACAAAACAAUCUCGCUGCAAGAUAUAAAGGAUCAAAACUUCGAAAUAACGACUACAGCUCGGUAUAGUAAGCCGAUAGUAGCAGGAACGACUUGUACACAAAUUGAAAAGAAAGUCGAGGGAACUAUGGUGCAAUUAUACGAGACCAACCCAGACAGCGCGAGCGCCGUUUUCAUCAAUAUCAAGCUGCUAAUCGCUUCUAUUGCAUUGCUUGGAUUUCUUCACGGUUUUCAGUGAAUAUUUCGAAACGUAACAAGCGGAAAGGUAUAUUGUUACGUGCGUUUUUGCACUGUAUACAGGUGCUAUGCAAAUCAGCUUGAUUUCAUUGCUUUUCCAAAAACACACUACGUAAUCAUUGCUAUAAUAGGAGUGACAACUCAUUUAGUAUAGGGAUGUAAGAAAUGCAUUUCUGACUUUUUUGAUAGUAUAACCAUAUAAAAUAAUAACCAUGCUGGUACAUGGAAUAAGGCUGAGAGAUUUUCAAUGUAUUUUUAGCCGUAAAUUCCCACUAUGUAAUAGACUUUAGUUAUGUUAUUAAUUAAGGCUCAAGUCACGCACCAUGACGUCAUGAUUCGUGGUCCGCUGCUUUCUGUGUAAAAUUACGCAUUAUAAAUAAACAAACGCAACCAAUAUUUUCCAA